UGAGCAGUGGCUGCAGGAGAACAGACCUGAGGCGAUGGGAACAUCUAGACCCUAACCAUGGGCCCCAAAGUAAGAAUCAUGAUAAAGGAAGACCAGAAAGCGGCUGUUUUCAUCCAAGCCUGGUGGCGGGGUACCCUGGUGCGUAGGACGCUGCUGCACGCGGCUCUCAGAGCGUGGAUCAUUCAGUACUGGUGGAAACAGAAACUGGUGAAGCUGCAGGAGAAGAGGCGGCGAACAUCCCUAGAAUUCUUCGCGCGGCAAGAAUGGGCAGCAGUCAAGCUGCAAUCCUGGUUCCGCAUGUGGUGCAUCCGCCUUCGUUACUGCCGUUUGCUCCACGCUGUCCGCAUCAUCCAGGUCUAUUGGCGCUGGCAUAAUUGCCAUACCCGUGGAUUUAUUCAGGGCCAUUACGACCUCAAAGAAAACCAACUGAAUCUUCAACUUGAAAUCUCUUUGGGCUCGCAAGCUUGUAGAAUACAACAGUGCAUACCCCUUCCAAUAAAGGAAUGACCAGGUCUGCUA